AUGGAGAAACCAUGGAAAUGUGAUGACUGUGGGAAUGGAUUCCAUUCCCUGUUAACUCUGGAGUUUCAUCGAUGUGGUCACUACAGGGAGAGGCCGUUCACCUGCACCGAAUGUGGGAAGGAAUUCCCUGAUUUGUCUGCCUUGCGGCAAGUUCACACAGGGAAGAGGCCACCUACCUGCUUGGAGUGUGGAAAAAUGUUCACGCAGUUAUCCAGCCUGCGCAUGCACCAACGAGUUCACACUGGGCAGAGGCCAUUUCCUUGCUCUGAUUGUGGAAAAGAAUUCACUGUGUCAUCAGACCUCAGUCUUUCCCCUGAAGCAGCUGCUAACGGUCACUUGGGGCACGAGGCGGCCGUUAACCGCCAUCUCGCGCGGGGCCUGAAGCUAAAAUGGCGCCGGGGCCACGCGGGAAGGAAAAGCGCCGAGGGAGAGCGGACUGUGUCAACAUGUCCCGUCCCCGAGGGUCAGGAUGGUGGUUAA